AUGGACUUACCGGCCUCAUAUUACGGGAAACUUGAUAAAAGAAACCCAGUUAUUUCAGCCUUUCAGGGCGACAUUAACUCUUUUUUAACACUGAUGAGACGUGUUGCUUCUUCGACGAGCCAGGACAACAGCUCUCAUGCUAAAGGGGUUAAAAUCCUGGUGGAAAUAUGGAAAAAGUACAAACAUCGACUACCUACGAAGUUGUUCCAGGAGCGAAUGCUGCAGAUUGCAGAUUUUCUCUGUGGAAUCAAGUUGUACCAGCUGGCUCUUUGGCAGGGCUACAGUCUUCACUUGCUGCAGUUCACCACUGUAAGAAUAACUGACAUAACAGACGUGGACCACUUCAUGGCCUGCUUCUUCCCUGAAGGUUUUGAUACAGACCAAGAUAUCUUUGCCAUGAAGGUCCGUGCAAUGCUGGGAUGUGUGCUGUGUAUAUUUGAGCAGGAGAAAAGGCACAGCAUCCUCAGCCAGAAGGGACUCAGUAAACUGCUGCAUGUGUUGAAGUUCAUCAGGAUCAUGAUGCAGGCUUUUCAGCAACAUGAGCAUCUCUGCUGGCAAUUAUAUAAUGGUUCAUUACACAUCUACAGUAUCUGCCGCUACCUGAUGACCAUGAACUAUAGUGCACAGGCAUUGGAGUACCUUCUCUGGGCAAGUGUCAGUUUAGAGCUCUCCAUCCCUCUGAUGACUGCAAAAUAUCUACCAUGGAUUGUCACACUCUACUGUGGCGUCUGCCACUGUUACUAUGACAACCAGGCUGCAGUGCAGGCGGAGGAAUUUGCAAGGAGAGCCCUUGGAAAAAUCAAUGACCUAGCAAAAAUGGAGGAGCAAAGUGACAUUCCAGCCACCAGAGAGACCCAGAGGGCAUAUAAAGAAGCCUCGAUCAAGCUGGCUGCCAUGAUAUUCAAGCGGACAGUGUUUGAGGCCAGAAGAAGGCCCAAAUCCGUGUUCAGACUCAAAAGCAAAAGCACCCUGAUGGACAUACCCAAUGUGCCAUGGCCUCGUACAACAACAGAGCGCAUGCUGAUGGCCCUGUUUGACAGUAGCGCAGCGCAAUUCUUGGGCAUCUUGGAAGCACUAUGGGACAGCACCAAGCGCCCACUGCAGACGAGGAUGCCUGAUGAGCCACAGCUGAAGGAGGUGAUCCUGGAACUACUGUCUGCUGGAAUCAGUGUAUUAUCUGGGGUUUCAAUGACAAGUGGGUGUCUUAGUGCACUGACACCAACAUCCACUCUAAUGGAUUUAGCUAUUGCAGGAGAAAACAAAGUACCCAUCCUGUCUGCAGUGAGGUUCAUUAAGCUGAUGUUUCAGUACAAGCAGCUUGAUGCAUUCACUGAAUUUUGCAGAGAGAUGCUUCAGGUUUUGUCCGAUGUGGAAGGUCAAUCAUUCAGGAAGGCAGAGCUGGAACUUGCUUUACUGGACAGUUUCAACAGUCUGCUGUCUUCUCCAAGGAGCCAGGCUAGAGACGACAGCGUGAUUGAUGACAGACAAAAGUCUUCAGUCUCAAUGAGUGAUAACUUCAUUAGCCUGGUACACACCCUGCACAAGUCUGUUUGUGGCUCUGCCCCUGCGCUGCAGCCAGAUGGGGACCUGGUUUUGGAUGUUGUGUUAUUUCUGUGGAGUAACGUGAAGGUGGUCAUACAGAGGGAUCAUCUGCAAAACCUAGACUGUACACACAACCCUGAGAGGGUAGAUAGUUGUGACAAGUGGCUGUGGUGUCUGUCUAUGCUGUGUGAGGUGGCCUUUGCCUGUGAUCUGGCAACUGUUGACUGCAUAAUGACUGCAGAGAUGAUCCACACAUUGGCCAUACUACUUGAGAGUGCAGCUGAAGGCACUUAUCAAACACAUCUUCCAGCAGCUCACGAAGCAGACAGUGAUGUUGUGAAGCCAAACUCUUCCUCUCUUCCCGAGAGUUCAAGUACAGGGCUGCUUCAGAAGGUGUGUGAGGUGGUGGACAAGGGUCUUGAAGCUCUGGCGAAGGGUGUAGUGACGCUGCUGCCCCAAGAUUGCUCAGCAAUCACUGACUCUGCCUUCAUGCAGAAAUUUAUUCCCCUCCCUCAAUCAACUCCCUCCCUAUCUUCUUCGACAUCACCAGAAGAGGGAAAUGAGGAAGAUGAAUUGAGUAAGAGGGAAAAAGAAGAAGUGGAAACGAAGGCAAAGUCAGAUAUUAAAGGCUCUCAACACACUCAGUCCACAUGUGUGUCCCUGCUGGCCACAGACCUUCAUCUAGAGCUAGACAUCAUCCACCACAGGGCUUCCCUCAAGUUACUACACCUAAAUGCAGUUUCAGAGUCUGAAUUGCUGGAUCGGAUCAAGAAGAACAAGGUGUCCAAAGCUCUUUUCCUGAUCCAGAAAGCCUUGCUGGAGUACAACAGCAUGGAGCCAAAUAAUAGCAACAACCAAACCAAGAAUCUGCUAGAGGAGGCCUCCAUCCUGAUAGGGAAAGCAGUGGUGGAGGAAAGAAGACUCUAUAUGUCCACCAUCCCUAAGACUCCGGCUGAAAAGAAACACAGAUGGAUGCAGGAGGAAGGAGAAAACCCUCCACCUGCCCCCAUCCUACUCUCACGCACUGACCACUCCUUAACCUUUGCUCCAGCACCUUAUGACUUGGAGGGACAAGUGUGCUGGUACCAGCUCUGUGGUCGCAUAGCUGAGGGUGUGAACCACAAAGUCCGCCUAGGAGACUGCAGCCUUCCAGGAACUGGAAAUAUGGUACCAGCAGUAUCUGGUGAGUGCGUGCUGAGGGUGGAGGGACUGGAGCUCAACCAGAAGUAUGUAUUUGCAGUAGCAGCCUACAACAGCCAGGGCAAGCUUCUGGGCAACACCAUUGGAGGGACAACAUUCCCACUGCUGGCAUCCAUGCCGGUACCACUGCUCUCCACUUGGGCUCACUUGGCACAGGUGGCAUUUCAGACAAAGCAGUAUGCUAUAGCAAAGAGAGCCUGCAGGGAGCUGUGGAGCCACUAUACAUACCCCAACCCCGGGUCCCACAGCACACAGGAUAGACUCGCUACCACAGGGCUGCAUGUCCAGACCCUACAACACUCCUCUCCUCACCUGUGUCAGUUGUUCCUCACUUCCAUCUUCAUUGAGACAGAGAUAAACAUUCAGCAGGGAUCAUUCUACUGUGACUCAUUCAGUGACACUGGACCAUUUUUCUGGGAACAGGAAGCCAGACUGGCAGAGUGUGAGCGAAUGUUGGUGGCCAUGGACCUGGCGAUGGGGUUGAAUGACGGUGGCACUGCCGUGCAAGCUGUAGUUAACUGUUAUGGCCUCUUGGCACCUUUAAUCUUCCAUCAGAUCACUUUUGACCCUGUGGUACAGGUGCUAAAAAAAUGCUUGAUAGUUUUGGAGGACAAUUCAAGUCUUCUCAAACAAAAAUGGACUGGAAACACCUCAGAGUCAGUUAUGCACAUGAUAGCCUGCAUUACCUACUACCUGUCGAAGGCAUUACGUGUACUCAGGGAGCAUCAGAUGGCUGCUGUAGUGAUGGACUGUGGUCGCAGGCUCCUCCAUGAGGUCUAUGAUGCCCAGCUGCAGAUCAGAAGACUUGAAGCUGUGGGUUCUAAGACAUAUCAUAUUGCAAUCAAGGGUGAAAACAUAAGUCUUCAGCUGAAGGCACUGCAAUGUCAGAACAACAAGAAGAAAAGAAUCACAUCUGAAGCAGCUCUCACACCAGACAAUGAGCUUUCACGCCCACUGACUGGCUGUGAGAAACCUGCCAUGUUGUAUGAGCUGAUCUCUAACAGUAAAUUAAAGGAUGCCUAUCAAGCUGUGAUGAAGCUCAGACGCAAGGCGUAUUUUGUUGAGUUUGCAGCACUACUUCUCCAGAGAACCAUGGAAGAAGGCCACACAGACCUUGUGUUACAGUGGGGGCAAAGCAUAUUUGAAUUUCUCUCCAGACGUGAUGAGGUGAUGGGACUGUCCACAAAAUGUUUGGAGGGAAAGACUGAGAGUGAAAGAAGAAGCAGUACUCAGAAUACAAAAGGAAAUGAGCCACCUGAGCAGAACAAGAACACAUCUUCUGACGGUGAUGCGAGAAAAAAACUAAAGCAGAAAAUGCCAAACAAGAUGCUUCAGGGAGUGAGAACUAACAGGGAGAUGCAGGCUGUGGAGAACCUGUUAACCAUAAUGUCGUCUGUGGUGCAACGCCACAAGAAGCAGCUUCAGCUGAGGAGCAUGUGCUGCGAGGAGAGAGUGUGGAAGUCUCACCUCAACUACAGCGUUGCUCAAGCCCAUUUAGCAAUGCUUUACCAGGGCCUGGACGAACUGCAUAAAGGAGCCCUACAGCCAAGGUACAGCCAGUUAAAUCCUUUGUGUUUCUCUCUGGCCUACUCUGGUGUCCUGGUGCAGAGGAGCUUGCUGCGACAGCAGUCUCCUAAAUAUGAGGUUGUCUUAGAGAAAGACUCCUCUCACUCUGGUCUAAGGGAUGGUGUGGCUGCACAUAAAGACAAGAGCAAAAAUGAUGUGGUUAGAGCUGAUGACUCUGUCACUGAGGAGAGUUGUGAGGAGGGAGAGGACUCCUCUCAAACUGUGGAACAGCAGCUUGAGAUGCACAGACACACUGCUGCCUUGCUGCUGGACUCACUUAACAAAGCUGCUUUACAUCUCAGAAGGGCCAUGGUGUUGGCCCAUCGUGGCAGCCACUGGACCACUCUGCAGCAUGUGUGUCAGACUGUGUGGGACCAACAGUGCAGAAUCACUGUCCUAGUCCAGAGAGCUGCUCACCUUGAUCCUCCCUCCCCCAUCACAACAGACCACCUGCACGCCAGCUUCACCCCACUACUGGUGCUGGCCACUGACCUAAUCAUGGACAUGCUGAACAAACUAGGGCUAUGGAGUUUGUUUGACGACUUGCCUGAGGAGGAACUAGAGCCCAGUCACCAUUUCACAGCUCCGCUGGAUGACAGCACCCAAGUGGACCUGCAUUGGGUCCGCACCUUGGUGUUGCACACUCUGGAGCACCUCCAUGACAGUGGCAAAUGGGAAAUCCUGGCCCACUUUGCCUUACUUUUCAAUUCAUACACACAGGACCGUUAUGCCUUGAUCGUAACUCCUCUACUAGUCCAUGCUCAGAGGAGACUGCUUGAAAGGAUUAGUUCUUUUGGAGGACCUGCAGUCCCACAACCACACCACAUCAAGACACAGAAGGCCACUGGCACGGAGGUGACGUACAAGAGCUACGCAGGCUCCCAUCUGCUCAGUGGGUGGACCCCUCACCCUGCACAGCAACUAACCAUUUGCAAAAAUGCAGCAGUCAGAAACUCCACUCCUCCACAUGCCACUGAUCUUAAAGGUGCAGAGAUGCGGCACUCCAUGUCUCUUGUGUGCGUUCCUCUGGAUGUAGAAGACACACUGAACUAUUACCGUCAAGCUCUUGAGAGAAGACCACAUUGUCUUCAAGUCUUCCAUCAUAGUCGCUCAUUAUUACUGCUACUUCUGGCAUACACACAGCCAUGCUUUGCGACACAGUUGCAGCACUGUCAGAGCAGAAGUCUCAGCCAUUCCGCCAGCCUGGUUAAUUUCAGUCCCAUAGUUAGGCCCACUCCAAACAUCCAACCUUGUGACCUGACCGAGGAGGAAUACAGUACUCCAAGUGCUCUUUACAGCCUCCCUAUCAGCCCUGACCACAUGCCGACUGUCACCGCUGCAUACUCCACCUCCAUUAAGUAUCUCCAGGCCAAUGGUCAUGACUCCCUCAGAGUUCUGGCACUGCAUGAAAUGGGAAACCUACAGUUCUACAAUGGAAGCACACGGGCAGCACACUCAUACUGGAGUAAAGCUGUAGAUUGUGCCUUACAGAACUCAGGCACUGUGGAGAAAUGGAAUGGUGUUUCCUUUGGGGGCGGUUCCCUGCAGCAAACCUUGAAACGGUCUGGCAUUUGGGGAUGUCUGCAGGCUGCUGCACUCACUGCUAAGAUUGCACAGCAUAUCUUCACUUCUGAUAUCAGCCAGCGGACCAAGUGCUGUCUCCUAUCUGCUCACCUCUUUAAGUGUGUGCUGUGUUGCUCCCUGGCUCAGCCCCAGGCCGACCUCCAGUAUGCCUCUCACAGCAUCCCAGAUGAACUGCUCCCUGGAGUUGACCUGUUCUCUGAAGCCCAAAGGGUUCACCUCGGCACCACUGUAACCAGCCUUAACUUUAUCUGCCACUGGCUUUUCACCACAGGCUACUACAUCACGGUACUGCCAAUACUAGCCCUUUACCUACAUUUUGUGGGAACUGUGUGCAGAGAUUUUCAAUGCACUGUUGAGGGAAAAAUACUUAAGAUACGUGCCCUGACCGAACUGUGUUUGUUUACUGAAGCUGUAAAGGAAUCAGUUCAGCUCACGCAAGGAACAGGGGUCCUUCUGCCUGAUGGACACUACAUUGCCAAAGACAAUAUCCAACCUGUGAAGAUAUUCUACAACAACAAGUCUCUUCUGGACAAUGUUGAGGCUUUGGAAGAACUUGUGAACUGUGACUUUGCUCCAGAGGUCCGCACGCUGUAUGGCUCCACAUUGUGCCUCCGAUUCAAUCUUGCUCGUAUUCAACUCAUCCUGGCACUCAGUAACACCGUGCAUGGCCCUCCUGUGCCAGAUUCUUUUGAAGGGGAAGCUCAUUCGAUGAACUCAAGACACUAUGAACAGGACCAGCUGGAGACUGAGGGCUCCUGUCUGAACACAGAAGAGCCAAAAGUGCUGACUUUUGAUACAGAGAAGGAGAAACUCACUCUGGAAAGGAUAAAGUACCUUUUGCUAGAAGGAGCGUCCUCCUUGUUUCACUCAACUUCGCAGCAGCUCUUAUCCCAGUCCUGUAGUGAAAUGGAGAACCUGGAGCUGUCAAUAGAGUCCAAUCUACUGAAGGCCAACCUGUACCUACAGCAAGGACAUGCUGCACUUAGUUCUGAGAUGGCAGCAUCAUCCUUGAUGCUGUUGCAGACAUCUCCUGUAACCAUGAGAGGAUCCAUACCUGGCUCUCAGAAACCUGCAUCUGAGCUCCCAAAUGCCAAGACUGGAAGUGAAUGGGUAGGAACUAAAGGUUUCAGUGUGUCAAACCCAAUGCAUGGAGACUGUCCCAGAGCAGUUGAAGUCAGUGAGAGAGUUGGAGUUUAUCUGUGGCUGCGCUGCCGCCUGGCUCUGGUCCGCAGCCUGGUUGCACAUGUUCCUGGCACUGCUACCUUUUCCCCAGGUAAAAACAUAAACGAGGAGGCAGCUCGGGUUUUACAGGAGGGUCUUGAUGAAUGUAUACGAUGGGGAGACCUUGAUAUUCAAGCCCUUUUGAUGGUUGAAGGUGCAGAAUUAGAAGCAAAGAGAGGCAAAACUGAUGACAGCAUGGACAUGCUUCAGGAAGCCGUGAACCUGCUUUCUGGACGUUCAUGUAUGCCACCAGGGUCUAGUUUGACUUUGGCUCGGGCCACUUUGCUGCUCAGUGACCUGAGAGGAGUACAGAAUACCACACUUAUAAAACUGACACAGAAACUACUGAAGAAGCAGCUGUGUGAUUUUGGUCAGAGUGUGGUGUGGGAUGAUGGAAAAAUGUGUAUUUCUUCUCCUGGACCCAGCAACAUCUACCUCCCUUACCUCAGUAUACUGGAUCAGGCCACUCUGCAAAUUGGUCACCUCCAGGAUCUCAGUGCAUUGGAAAUGCCAGUUUCUUCCCAGUCAUCACAAGAGAGACUCUAA